AUGUCGGCCACAGAAGCCUCGCCCUCUUCGGCUCCCGGGAAGAGGGACGAUCAACCUGUCCUUGAGGAGCCCGACAUCCCAGCGCCCCCAACCGAGCUCUCCGAAAUACAGCAUGACCCCUCGAAAGAGGGAUUACCUCAAGCAGAGAUGAUGGCGGAUACAAGUCCAGAGUCGCACUUUUCAGAUGCCUCAACUGAUACCCCUGAAGACUCUAUCAUGGCCGGUCAGGCGCCAGUAUCGGCUGCAUCCCAGCAGGACUCGGACCCGCUCGCGGGGCAACUGGAAGCGCUGUCAGUCUCCGGCAAGAACAUUUCGAACUCGGGGCUCACGAUUUCUACGAACACUCCAACUCCACCUCCGCCGCCAGAGAAAGAUGAAACAUAUUUAAACCCGAGUUCAACAAUACCCGGAAGCGCACCAGCCAGCGAGCCUUCCGUCCCAAACUCCGAGAAAGAGCUGCCAGACGUCCCCAGCGAUAGCGACCCCGAGUCUAAACGAGCUGCGCACCAAGACGGACCGCGAGAAGAUAAUGACUCCCAACCAGAGAUUCAGAGCAUCAUGGGUCAGUUUCAGGACCCGGCACGGACCACCGACCAGCAGGAGAUCAUGUCACCCCGCCUGGAGCUAGCUGAGCAGUUCCGAAGUGGUCAGAAUUACUUUCCACCGCGCAAGUCCAGCUUGGAUCAUAUGCAAUCACCCGCAUCUGGACAAGCCCCUUCAUCUCCCUCGCAACACCACAAAUCUCCUGUCGCCGACGAGCUGGUCUUGACCCGACAGUCAUCAGCGUCAACGAUUCCGCCUCCACCUGAACCCGAGCCUAGUCAACCGUUCGAUUUCCACCGGUUCCUUGAGCAGUUGCGACACCGAACAGCCGACCCCGUGGCCAAAUUUCUGCGCUCAUUUCUAACCGAGUUUGGAAAGCGGCAGUGGAUGGUUCACGAGCAGGUCAAGAUCAUUAGCGACUUUCUCGCUUUCAUCACGAAUAAAAUGGCCAUGUGCGAGGUUUGGCGCGAUGUAUCUGAUAGCGAGUUUGAUAACGCCAAGGAAGGGAUGGAGAAGCUGGUUAUGAACCGUCUGUACUCUCAGACCUUUGCGCCUGCCAUCCCCGCACCCCCAACCAUCCCCAGAAGUGCUAGCCGCAGCCGGCGGAGGGAGAUCGAGAGGCUCCACGGCCCAUGGCGGCGGGGCCAACACCAGGAGGACAUUGAACGAGAUGAUAUCCUUGCACAGAAGAUUCGCAUCUACAGCUGGGUCAGCGAGGAGCAUCUAGAUAUUCCUCCCGUAAGUGGCAGUGGGCGUCGUUUCUUGAAUUUGGCGCAACAAGAGAUCUUGAAAAUCAAUGGCUACCGAGCACCUCGAGAUAAAGUCAUUUGUAUCUUGAAUUGUUGCAAAGUGAUAUUCGGCCUUCUGAAGAAUUCCAAAAAGGCCGACACCUCCGCUGAUGCCUUUGUGCCCCUUCUGAUCUAUGUUGUAUUACAUGCAAACCCGGACCACCUCGUUUCCAAUAUUCAGUAUAUCUUGCGAUUUCGGAACCAAGAAAAGCUUGGUGGCGAGGCAGGGUACUACCUGUCUUCAUUGUCUGGUGCUAUUCAAUUCAUUGAGACACUAGACCGUACUAGCCUUACUGUGAGCGACGAAGAAUUUGAGCGCAAUGUUGAGGCGGCGGUUUCUGCCAUUGCUGAACAAAACCGUGAAUCCGAGUCUCUAGCGGAGAAGCCCGCAGCCCAACCCACUACUGCCUCUCGGGCCCCGUCCCAACAGCCUUCAGCUGGGUCAAGUCGCAGGGAAACUUCACAGUCUAGUGAUGAUGAUACCUCCGCCCCUGUUGCAGGACUUCUGCGCACUAUCCAAAAGCCUCUCUCAACCAUCGGCCGUAUCUUUUCCGACGAGUCAGAUUCAGGACCCUCUGUCGCACAAGAACGCCCGCUUCAACCAGCCGCCACGCCACAACCAGGCAUUGCCCCGCCCCGUCUUACUCCGAACGUCUAUCAACCACCUCGUGCCAGUAGUGAGGGUCGCCGCUCUAGCGACGAGCGCCCAGCCAAUGACCCAGGUGUUGCUCAGCAAAAAUUAAGCCGCGUGCUCGACGCCCAAGACGCAGCUGCUCGUCAAGCUAGCGCCGAGGAUGCAGAAGCACGGCGGAUUCAAAGUGCCGAGCACGAUAAUGUUGUUGAAACCCUUUCAAACAUGUUCCCGAAUCUGGACCGCGAUGUUAUUGAUGACGUGGUCAAGAUAAAGGAGGGGAGAGUUGGUCUAGCCGUCGAUGCAUGUCUCGCUCUCAGUUCAGAAUAG